UCACGGAGGUUGGGCUGCCGCCGGAGAGACUCGGAGUCAGGGCGAACACCCAUCCAGUUAACCCAAACUGGCAUCGCAGUGGGGCUGAGGGGCUCCCCCUGCGAGUUUUAAACCCGACUACAGCGUCGGUUGGACCCUGCGUCUCUCUCUCUCUCUCUCCGUCGCCACAACCACCCGUCCUCCCGAUGUCGGAUUUCAAGCUCGGGAUCGUGCGGCUCGGCCGUGUGGCCGGGAAGACAAAAUACACACUGAUUGAUGAGCAAGACAUACCGCUUGUGGAAAACUAUGCAUUUGAGGCGCGCAUGGAGGUAGAUGCGGAUGGCAAUGGAGCUAAGAUCUUUGCCUACGCUUUCGACAUUGGCAAAGGCCGCUGGGCAGGAAGGCCUUUGCAUGAGCUGCUCUGGGAGAAGCAUAGAGGAGGCAUCGCCCCCAGUUUUCAAGUCAUCCACAUCAACUCGGUGACGGUGGACAACCGGCUAGAUAACCUGCGACUGGUGCCAGCGGGCUGGAGCCCCAAGCCGGAAGAGAUUUCCAGCAAACAGAGAGAGCAGUCUCUGUACUGGCUGGCCAUCCAGCAGGUACCAGCUGACCCUGUGGAGGAGCAAUAUCUGGAGCUGAGCCGCACACGCUACUACAACGCUAACGGGGAGCUGGUGGAGGAAGAGGAGUGCUCCUGCACCUACUACGAGUGUCAUUAUCCUCCUUGUUCACUCAUUGAGAGGAGGCUCCGUGAGUUCAACAUCUGCGGUCGCUGCCAGGUGGCGCGCUACUGUGGCUCCCAGUGCCAGCAGAGGGACUGGCCCGCCCACAAGAAGCAGUGUCGCGAGCGCAAGCGGGCGCUGGCUCUCGAGUCGGAGCCCGAACGAUGAUCUGCCCUCGUCUGGGA